AUGGAAGAGCCAGGAAAUCUCGUGGGAGUUCGUAAGGGACAAUGGCAACUGGCCCUGUCGGCUCUGCGUAAUGCUGAAGUGAAGCGCAGGGAACGAGAUGUCAUCGGUUUCAACGCAGCCAUCAACGUCUGUAGGAAGGCCAAAUGGCAGCACGCUUGGGGCUGCUUUCAGGAGGCUCAGGGAAGUGACAUGAAGUUAGAUGUUGUGACCUACAGCGUCACCAUCAGUGCAGCAGCCGCUGCAGCCCAAUGGCAACAUGCCAGUGCACUCUUACAUGAAUUGAGAGGAUGCCAACUCCAGGCUGACGUGAUCGUUUACAGUGCAGUCGCCAGUGCCUGUGAAAAGGCAUCAGAAUGGCAGCAAGCUCUCCAACUCCUAGACGAGCUUGAGGGCGUUCAGCUGGAGAUAGAUGUUGUGAUGCAAAACAUAGUGAUGGCUGCCUGUGGGAAUGCCAAGCAGUGGACGAAAGCCCUGGAAAUCCUCAGUCUGAUCGAAACUGGCAACGAGUUGGAUGAUGUGUCGUUGGGCAGUGCGAUGGAUGCCUGUCAGAAUUCCUCUCAAUGGGAAGUCGCCUUGCUGCUCCUCGUGGAUUUUAAAGGGAGCAAGCUGCAAACAACGGCCAUUACGCAAAACGCAACCAUUAGCAGCUGCGGAAAAGCAAAAGAAUGGACAUUUGCGCUGGCUUUGUUGCAGGACCUUAGACUUGAUGCUGACGUGAUCAGCUACAACUCUACAAUCAGUUCCUGUGAGAAGGCAUCGGAAUAUCAACCAGCUGUGUGGCUGUUUGAUGAGCUGCGGGUGGGACUUGAAGCCACGGUGGUCACCUACAGUGCCAUCAUCAGUGCUUGUGAAAAAGCCAGUGAAUGGCAGACAGCACUUCACUUCCUGAGUGAGUCGACAUCUCAGCGCCUCAGCAACCUGAUCACAUUCAACGCGGCAAUCAGUGCAUGCGAGAAAUCCGCAGAGGUGAAUAUGGCUUUAGCAUUGGUGAAGCAGCUUCAGAGUUUCCACUUGGAAGGAGAUGUUGUCACUUUCAGCGCGUCCAUUGGAGCGUGUGACCGUGCAUCUAAGUGGCAAGAUGCGUUAGGACUCUACUUCGAGGCAGGCCGGAGUCAUGUGGAAAUUGGUGUGGUUGGCUGCACUUCAACCAUCAACGCUUGCGAGAAGGUGGCACAGUGGCAUCAGGCACUUCUGGUAUUUCCACUCCAUUUCGAUGUGACUCGAGUUGCCAACGCCAGCAUUAGUGCUUGUGAAAAAGCGAGCCGUUGGCAGGUGGCACUGUGCCUACUUGACGAGGUCAAAUUCGUGGAGUUCCUUGAGCCGGAUGUUGUGACCUACAGCGCUAUCAUGUCCGCUUUGCAGAAGGCAUUGCAGUGGGUUCUUGCUCUGCACUUGUUGAACCAUAUGAAAGGAUUAUUUGUGCAACCUGAUGCAAUCACCAUUGAUGCUUUGGUUUCAAUGUGUCAACUGGCACAGAAAGAUUUGAUCGUACAGAGGCAGCUUCUGUGGCCUCUGGGAGCUCGCAUGGGCAGGCCAGCAGAACGCCCACGCAUGCCUGAGGACUCUCAGGUUCGGAACCAACAAGCAGCAGCUGCAUCCAUCGCUGCCUUACUCGCAGAGCAGGAGGCGGCAAGAAGGCUUCCGACGCUCUCGGGGGACAGGGGACCCCCUGGUGAUGGUGACGGCACACCGCCUUCACAGCGGGAGUUGAGCUUUGUGGUGGAGGGCGCCACGAGUGGUCAAGGCUUUUCUGCGAUGCCACCAGCGGCCAAUGCGCCAGAUUUGCUUCUUCAAUUGGCCCAAGCCAAGGCCAAGGUACGGCAUUUGGAGCUGCAAUUGGAGGACUCAGAGCAACGUUGGCAACGACGUUUCGAAGAUGCUAAGCGCCAGGAGGAUGCCAGCCAUGCACGUAUGGAGCUCCAAUGCCAAUACUUACAGUCCGAGCUGGAUCGAUGUAAGGAAGUGCAAGCCAGUGAAAUGCGGCACUUUUUGGAGCAAAAACGGAUGCUUUCACAAGGUCAUCAAACCGAGAAAGAGGAGGCAGUCCGCGAGGAACGCCGCAAGGUGCAAAUGGAGAUUGACAAGGUGAAAGCGGAUCACCGCCUGGAAGUGGAGGCGGAGUUGAAGCGCCAGAAUGAACGUGCCAUUGCGAUUGUCAAGCAGCAAGCUGACGUGGAGGCCGAGAAUCUUCGCCGGGCACAGACGGGGGAACACCACUUGACCAAACUCGUGGAGCAGGUACAAGGCUCAGUGGCCGAAGUGGAACGGCUGAGCAAGCGUGUGGAUUCCGACAAGACGAUGGAGUGGUCUGUGCGGGAACGGCAGAUUGAAGCCCGUGAGCGGAAUGCACGAGAUAUGGAGGCGCAACUCUCCCGACAGAGCAAGGAGGUUGAAGAGCAAAGACGACGAUUGUCCGACCUUGUGACGAACCUGCAGAAUUGCCAGGAAGAGGAUACGUCAGUCUUGGCUUCUGAGCGUGAACGGCUGCAGGCGGAGCACCAACGCUUGCUGGAGCUCCAACAAAGCGUUCGCGAGGCGGAUCGAAACAACAAGGAAGCUCUGAAGCAUGCUUGGGCUCAGGUGGAAGAGGAUCGAAGAGUCCUGCAGCAAGAGCAACUGCGUUUUGACAGUGAGCAAGCUGCACGCAAAGAAGAGCUGGAAAUGCAGGAGAGACAGCUCAAGUCCGAGACAGAAAGGUUAAAGACUCUGCAUCAGCAAAUUGAGGUCGCCCGGCAGAGCGCCGCGCGGCGCAUUCGUGAGACAGAGUCCACGGUGGCGAAUGAACGUCGAUGUCUGAUGAAUGACCUGGAGGCCUUUGAAGAAAAAAAGCGCUUCCACAGCAGUGAGGCGAUGAAGCUGGAAAACGAUCGAAGACAAUUGCAAGAGGACAAGAGCAACUUCGAGAGUGAAUUACACAGCGUUGGUCUCAUGGCGCAAGAGCUCGAAAGGCGUUCUGAAGAGAUCCGUGUACUACAUGGAGAAGCAGCAGAGGCUCGCUCGGAACUACACCUCUUGCGCGGCCAGUUGCAGGAGGAACGCAGUGCUCAAGGAACUGAGAUGGAGCGCCUGAGAACGAUGCAGUCGUUGAUCGAGCAACAGCGACUUCAACUGCUGCAGACGGAGAACCAGUUGCGACUCCAAGGAGUGGAGGACAUUGAUCUUCAAGUGACUGGGCAGGGACACUUCCCCAACGAUCUGCCCUCUUUGGGAAAUGCACAGGAGGCCAUGAAUCGUUGGACAACUGACUGGCUCGAGCCGCGGGAGGUGUCCGGCCCCAUUCCUGGCCCUGCCACGCGACGCCCAGUGCGGAAUCACAGAAGCUUGGAAUGGGUUGCAGCGGAAAAGGAUGCCUCCAGAUGUGUCACCAAGCUGCUUUGGUUUCCUGAUCUCAGGCUGCAGCGCUCACGCAAGGGCUCCGGAGAGAUGCAAACAUAUCUGCUGCAGAGCGCUGCCUUUCUUCAAGAGGCGCAGCGAGCACCACCAGCGAUCCAGGCAAGGUGGGUGGAACUACUCAGAGUCUCAAGCUUUCAUCGAUGGGGCGUAGGCAUCAUUACUGACCCCCAAAUUCGGAUGAUUUACGAACGACACAUUUUAAACCCACCAGAAUUAUGGGUUUAUUUAAGGGCUGCCGCCCCUGCCGCCGACCCCGGAAGAAUGGUCAACUAA